AUGGGCGGUCGUUCUUCUUCUCGUAGAGGUGCAGCUCGUGGAGGCCGCGGCGGACAUGGCGCACAGCGCGGUGGAGGUACUAUGGGCCCAGGAGGUCGUGGAGGCCAUGGAGGCCAGCAGCAGCAACAGACUGCACCGCAACCACCGCAGCCGCCACCAGGACUGACCGGACCACGCCCGGUGUCUCACACGCAGAGCAGCAAAUGGGUCGCUCCUCGCAUCGUCGCCGACCAGGCAAUCCAAGCCCAACGCCAGCAACAAGCCCAUCUCAAUCGGCACCGCGCCAACUUCUGCCCGCGCUCCGACGUCUGGCCACAAGACUACGACAUCAACACGCACCGCACUUUCAUCGCGCGCGAUCGUGCCUCAAUGAACCGUCUCCUCGACGCCCGCAACCGCCGGAUCGCCCGCGACCGCAUCGAGGCAGGUCACCUCCACGAUCCCCCUGCCACCAACACAGCCUUCAACGAGCGCUACGAAGCCUGGGGAAACAACCUGUCUUCCGUCCUCGCCCUCCCAACCGUCUUCACCCCGCACCACAAUCUUACCCGCACCACCCCCGCAGCAGACUGGCCGGAGCCUCACGAGCAGAAAUACGAAGGAGACGAACGCAUCUCCACCGAUGUCCUCCACGGCCGUUUCCUCCCUCACCCCCGUGUCCCAGGCAACGGAACCGUCAACUGGCAGCAGAGAAGCUUCGUCCCCCAGCAAAUGCUCGAGAACUUCCACUACCCAAUCCCAGACGAGAACGAAAUCCUCCUUCGCUCGCAUCGGGUCGAGGAACUUGAGGUUUCGGAUGAGGUUGGAAAGGAGUUGAUUGGAGACGAGCUCAUGGAGCAGCUUGACGAGCUUUGGGAGGAGCAGAAGUAG